UCUACCCCCCACAUUAUUAUUAAUUAAUUUAAUUUAUUUUAUUUAUUAUUACUCCCCCUUUUCUCUCCACGACGCGGUGCGCUCACCGCCUCCCCCCAUUACUACCAGUGCGUCGUGAUUCGUGCGCCAGGGUCGGUAUCGGAGAUUGCGAGGUGCGUUGUGAUCCGUGCGGCGAGGUUCAAAAAGCGCUUCUCCUCACCGCACCGCGCGUUCGCCGAUUCUCUCCCUCUCUCUCCUCUCUCUCUCUCUCUCUAAACGCGUUUCGCUGCGUUUCUCUCUCAUCGUCGCCUCAUCGUCGACGACGACGACGACGACGACGAGGCGACAAGAGAGAGCGUUAAUGGAGAUGGAGAUGGAGAUGGAGAUGGAGAUGGAUUGAGAGAUACAGAGAGAAAAGAAGAAGAUGGAUUUGCGAUCUGGAGAAUAUGGGUGCUCGCACUAUAAGAGGAGGUGCAAGAUAAGGGCGCCUUGUUGUGGGGAAAUUUUUGAUUGUAGGCACUGUCACAAUGAAGCUAAGAAUUCCCUGCAAAUCGACCUGCGUGACCGGCACGAGAUCCCUCGCAACGAAAUUAAAAAGGUUAUUUGCUCCCUCUGCAACACAGAGCAGGAUGUGAGCCAAUAUUGCUCAAUCUGCGGGGUGUGCAUGGGGAAAUAUUUCUGUGCCAAAUGCAACUUCUUUGAUGAUAAUGUUUCAAGGAAUCAGUACCAUUGUGAUGGAUGCGGGAUCUGUAGAACUGGGGGCAAAGAGAACUUCUUUCACUGCGACCGAUGCGGAUGUUGCUAUUGCAUUUCGGUGAAGGAUUCGCACCGGUGUAUAGAAGGGGCAAUGCACCAUAACUGCCCAGUUUGCUUUGAGUAUCUCUUCGAUUCAACAAAGGACAUCAGCCUAUUGCCGUGUGGUCACACAAUACAUUUGGAAUGCUUGAAGGAGAUGGGAGUCCAUUUUCAGUUCUCGUGCCCUGUUUGCUCAAGAUCGGUCUGCGACAUGUCUGAUGUGUGGCACAAACUUGAUCAAGCGGUGGCGGCAACUCCCGUGCCUCAAAUGUACCAGAACAAAAUGGUCUGGAUUCUUUGCAACGACUGCGGGAUGCGAUCGAACAUCCACUUCCACAUCGUGGCGCACAAGUGCCCGGGCUGCAGUUCGUACAACACCCGGCAGACGAGAUGCGGCCCUACCGAAUGCUCUAGGAUAUGAAUCAUAUGAAUCACGACACGGAAGCUGAGAAUGAUGAGCGGCGAUCAACGAGGGGUUGCGACCUUCGUCUGAAGGUGACGAUCACUUCGAGAAAAGCGAAGGGUUUUGACAGUUUGAGGCACAAGGGGAACCGAAUUGACAGGGUUUAAAUCUUUAUUAGCAGUUCAGGUUCUAAUUCGGUGCCAUUUGAAUAAUUGUUGGCUGGAUGUAGUUCAAUUUCUUCGGUGUAAUUUGUACGCCGUUGUAAAAUUGCAUAAGAAAUGCAUCUUUCUGUCAUAUGCUGUUACAGUGUUACUUUGCUGAAGAGUUUGACAGUGAUGAGAUAAAAAUUAGCUUUUAGCUGCAGAAACCA